ACGACCCUGGGUUUAGACGACGAUAAGGGGGCGUCAAUGCUUGCUGCGACCAGGUUGUCGUCGACGCGCCCCUCCUAAAUCCUCCCACGUCUCGCUACCACCGUCGCCGUUUAUUUGCCUACCAUUCUAUCCAUUACUGGUACUAUUAUCAUCCAUACUAUUACUACUGCAACCUCUGCAACAUCUGCAACCUCUUUCUCCCCUUCCCUUUCUUUUUUUCUUCCCGUCGCAUUUAAAUUCUCUACCCGAUCGCAGCCACCGUUACUACCUCUAAAAUGUCCGAAUAUCGUCAUAUGAGGUCCGGUAGCUUAAAUAUUCCAUCCCAGAUAAAUACGAUGAGUCCGAUAGUUCCGUCACACGGUCGCUUCGAUGGCCCGAGAAGUCCACCGAACACGUCGCACGUACCAUGUAAAUUCUUCCGACAAGGCGCAUGUCAGGCUGGUUCCGCUUGUCCCUUCAGUCACGAUCUCGGCACUGCUGCAGAAACGGUGUGCAAAUACUUCGCCAAGGGCAAUUGCAAGUUCGGACCGAAGUGCGCUAAUGUCCACGUCCUCGCCGACGGUAGACGAAUCAAUUACGGCAAAAAUGGUAUCACCAUAGGCCAACCUCUUCACCUCGGUGGUCGAGUCAAUCCAAGCUUCAACUCUUCCUCUAACAGCGCCUUAACGAACUCGUUCAUGCGCGCCGACGCCAAUCCAUCAUACGGAAACUCAUACGGCUAUCCAAUGUCCCCGAGCGAUACUUAUCAACCCAUUGACCGUCGACCGAGCUUAGAAAACGUGCCAACUAUCGAUACUACAUAUUCCCAUACGAGCUCACAAUAUGGUUCGCCACGCGAAGAAGACCCGACUCGUCUUGGCUUAGGUCUUUCGCCCGUAGCUGCUAAGGGUUUAUCCGUUCUUGACGCUCCUCUUCCCGCAUCCUUCGAUUCGAAUGGAAUCUCCAAUGCCGCCAGAUACCCCGGUGCGCCGUGGCCAUCCUCGAUGCCCUCGCAAUUUGGACUUGAUUCCCCCUCGCCAUCCUUAAACGCAGCCAAGGAUUCGAGAACUUCGGAAACCCUUAAGCUCCUACACCACUCGGCAUUCGGUAGCAACGAGCAUUUGUCUUCCGUUGCAGCCGGUUCCUCGCCCCCGACCCAACCAUCCGACGAAUAUUUUGGCAGACGUCAGAUGCACUCGAGCCGCUACGCCAAGCCUAAGAUGCUUAGCAGCAGCGCGCCGCGCGCCAUCGCCGGUGCUAUCGACCGAGAUUGGGAGUCGGAGUUUCCCUUUCUGGAGGAGGAUUAUUUGCCUGACAAUCUGAAAGACUUGUUAACGCCAGCGGAGAAAGCACGGCGCGGUUCGCGAGCAGCCGAUGAAGAAUCCAACGGCCAUAGGGGAAACGGUAAUUCGCCUAGCAUCCCCGGGAUGAGUGGCACGGGGACACCCAACGGCGAGGUAAGCUCCAAAUUCGGUAGCCCAAUGGCAUCGAGUCCAAGUCGGUGGGGACCGUUAUUCCAACGACAGCACGAGGAACACGAGGCGAAGAAACAUGCAGCAGCAGCUAGCGCAGGUGUAUUUGGACACGUCGGAAGUCCUCUUCGCCAAUCCAGCCUCAGUGCCAACGUUGUGCGACCACACAAUUCGAGCCGGUCCAGUAGCAUCGAGGGUCUAAGUGCCUUGUCUCAGCAGCUGCAACGCACACGCAUCGACAGCAACGGAGGCGAAUCACCGCUGUUGCAUCCCAAUUCGCAUACGUCGCGACCAUCAAACGGACGAGCCGGCGAACGCCACGUCAGCAGUGGCUCCAUCAGUUCUAGCGCCCGGUAUACCACUCCUAUAGGGGAAGAGGACGGCGAAUUCGUAUUUAGCAUGGACGAGGACGGCGAUCGAGACAGCACUAUAAGGGCACGGAAGCGAAUGUCCGGUGUAGGCACCGCUAUGAGCGUCUGGAGUUCUAGCUACGCUGGCGUUGCUGCAGGACCCGGGAAGAAGGACGAUGGUGCCGCGAGAGUGGUCGAAGGGGUCGGCGGCCGGUGAGCGAUGCUAGGCCUAGGAGGACCGACCAGGAUAUAAUGACGCAUCGUCGCGUGGGGCAUUAACAACGCCUAAGGAGGAUGCUCGGUCCUUAUACGAAAGCAUUUCAAAGCAUGCGUAUUCGAGAUGCACAUAUUGAGACAUCCUAUUGUCCGAGUCACGAAGUCACGAAUCAUAAAGCGCCCAGAAGCUGGCUAUAAAGCAUGGAGA